AGCUUUUUUCUUCCCCGGAUAAUGACCUCUUUCUUUGUCUCAAUGAAAGUAAAAAAUGAGCUGGUUGGCAACUUGAGAAAUUUUCGUCGGAAAAUGACGAAUAUUAAAGUCCUGCUGAUUCUACUGUUACUGCCGGCGGCGGCGUUUCUUCUGCCCGGUGCAGCAGAAUCCGGCAGCGGUCAGUCGUUAGUGGAAUGGGAGAUCCUAUCGAAGCUGAACUACUCUUCCCAGAUUCGCCUACAUCCGCAUCUUCUUCUUUUGGUCACUGUCCCUUGGUCUGGUGAGUCUCGGUCCCUUAUGAAUGAGUUGGCUGAUGUAGUUGCUCAUGACCAAGGGAUAUUUGGUUCACUGAAGCUGAUGGUAUUAUAUAGGAGCAGUGAGAGAAUGCUGGCAGAUGCAGUUGGAGCUGAUGAGGGAAUAACAAUAUUUUAUUAUCAUCACUCACACCCCCACAAGUAUCUGGGAAGACUUCGAGUGCAGAACAUAUUGUCAUCUUUACAUUAUGUUAUGUCACUGUUGCCAGAACAGUUUCCCUUCAAAAUUUUAAAGACACCCGAAGACAUAGAAAUUUUUCUUGGUUCAACCGAUAAGGCUUUGAUUCUUUCUGAAUUUUGUGGAUGGACCCAGAAAUUGCUAGCGAAAGGUGGCAGUAACAACAGCGAACAUGGUUUUGGAUUUCACGAACAGUUUAAUGGAACAAUUGCAGCUAAAGAGAAUGAAAAUCAGGGGUUGGAAAAUGCAAAUAUGGAUUGUGGUGUUGACAAUCGAUUUAGUGACAUGCCUUGGCUUAGUGAGUUUACCUCAGCAAACAAUAGUGCUUUCCUCGCAGCUGAGAAUAUGAGCCUUAAUAGUGGGGCUUCCUGUAAAAUUGAUGAAUUCCAACAUUUCGAAUCAUUCUUAUCAAAGUUUUUAACUGUUGCGAGAGACUUAUUUCUUCCUCCUGAAAGGCUAAGAUUCGGUCUGGUUCUUGAUAGAGCGUUGCUCUCAUCACUGAACAUUAAGGAUUCUGGAUCAUGGUUGGUGACAUUGCAUUUUGCUGGAUGCCCCAGUUGUUUGAAGGUUCUCAGAGAAGGUGAUGAUCUCAAAGCUUUUGCCAAAAUUCAAGCUUGGCCAGUUGCAGAGGCAAGUGAAAACUUGUGCUUUACAUUCUUGAUAAUCUUUGUAUAAAAUCUCACUCUAGAUUUUUCUAGUUAGGGUAGAAAGGUAGUAGGUAGUCGAGCGUAUUUUAAUUCCGUACCGAUGGUAUUAGGGUUAGUCUGGUAGUUUUUCUUGUCUUAGAUUGCUAGUAUUUCAUGCUGUUUUCCUAUUAUCUUGCGCUUCUGUUUCUUAGUA